CCCCCAAAAAGCACGAUAAGAGAGUUCUCCGCAAGUCACUCCUUACAUUUUCUUGUUCUAAAACCAGCCGGCCAAACAGAGUCUCUCUCUAGUCUCUCUGUCUGUGUGCAAUCGAUUUUCAUGUUUAUUUUUUUUAUUUGAAAAAAAAUUGGACAACCUUAAUCUUGUCUGAUCACAACGUUAAAUGGAUUACCAAACAGUUUGUUUCUCUUCUUCUUCGAAGUUGUAGUGUUUUGUUUGUCUCUGUUACCAAACACGCCCUUUCACCUUCCCUUCUUCUUCUUUAACCUAAAAAAAAACCCUAAGACUUUUGAAGAAAAUUUUCAGACAUGGCUACUACGACUACAAGUAUCGGAAGUGGAGGGGAAGACCGAGUACUUGCCACAGCUCAGCAGAUCGUGAAGAGUCUCAACACGCCUAAAGAGGUUACGGAAGACAUGUUGUUGAUCUUCUCGAGCUUCGAUAACCGGCUUUCAAAUAUCAGCGAUUUGAUCAACGGUGAGGAUUCGAAGGCCGGUGAGGACAGGUUCGAGGCAGCCGAGAAAGUGAUUUUCCGGUGGGAGGAUUCGAAUUCCGAAGCUUCUAGACAUUCUCAUCAUAACAAUUGGGAAGACUCGUCCCCUGAGACCGAUGAGUAUUUACAAGCUGUUGAUGAGAUCUUGAACUUGAUCGAGGACUUUUCGAUCCGGUCCAGCACUGAGUUUGUGGACCGGGCCGAGAAAGCGAUCCAACUCGCUAUGUCUCGGCUCGAGGACGAGUUCAGACACAUAUUGAUUCGGAACACGGUCCCUCUCGACGCCGAUCGGCUUUACGGUUCGAUUCGUAGGGUUUCGCUCUCUUUCGCUUCCAACGAUGGCGAAAUCGACGAGGAUUUCGAGAGUUUCGGUGAGGAAGACCGUGAUGGCGGUUCCACCGCCGCUGGCGGAAGGUUCCAUGAGAGAGGUGGGAGCUUGGGAGAUGAUGUUUAUGUGGAUUUGAUUCAUCCAGAUGCUGUUGUUGAGCUGAAAGAGAUUGCGGAUCGGAUGGUUCAGUCUGGGUAUGAGAAAGAAUGCGUUCAGGCUUAUAGUAAUGUCCGACGUGAUGCUUUGGAUGAGUGCCUUGUGAUUCUGGGUGUUGAGAAGCUAAGCAUAGAGGAAGUCCAUAGAAUUGAUUGGAAGAGUUUGGAUGAAAAGAUGAAGAAGUGGAUUCAAGCCGUUAAGAUUGCUGUUCGAGUGCUUUUAACCGGGGAGAGAAGACUAUGCGAUCAGAUUUUUAAUGGGUCCGAUGAAAUCAAAGAGAUUUGUUUCAAUGAAACUGCAAAAGCGUGUGUGAUGCAGUUGUUGAAUUUCGGAGAUGCCGUGGCAAUCGGCAAGAAGUCGCCGGAGAAGCUGUUUAGGAUAUUGGAUAUGUAUGAUGCCCUUGCCGAUGUGUUCCCGGACUUGGAAGCCAUGGUUACCGAUGAAUUCGUAGUCGGCGAGGCUCGUGGAGCUCUAGCGGGGCUCGGUGAUGCUGCUAGAGCAACAUUUGCUGAGUUUGAGAAAGCUGUUCAAGGUGAGACUUCUAAGAAGCCGAUGCUGAAUGGUGAAAUUCACCCUCUGACGCGUUAUGUGAUGAAUUAUGUGAGGCUUCUUGUGGAUUAUAGUGAAACUCUGGACUCGCUUUUAUUGGAUGGAGAUGAAGAUUUUAAUGUUUCCCAGAAUGAUUAUGGUGAUCGUAGUAGUAACCAGUUAGAAACUGAGUCUGUGAUAGCGCGUAGAUUGUUGUUGUUGAUAACCGCUUUGGAGGCGAAUUUGGAGGAAAAAUCUAGACUUUAUGAGGAUGGUGCAAUGCAAUAUAUAUUUUUGAUGAACAACAUUCUGUACAUAGUGCAGAAAGUGAAGGAUUCUGACCUUCGAAAGCUAUUGGGAGACCACUGGAUUCGAAAACACAGGGGCCAGAUUCGUCAAUAUGCCACAAGUUAUCUAAGGGCUUCUUGGACCAAGACCUUGUCCUGUUUGAAGGAUGAAGGGAUUGGUGGGAGUUCAAGUAAUGCCUCCAAGGUGGCUUUGAAGGAAAGGUUUAAGAAUUUCAAUGCCAACUUUGAAGAAAUUUACAGGAUUCAGACUGCUUGGAAAGUCCCAGAUGAUCAACUCCGAGAAGAGCUUCGAAUAUCUAUAUCGGAGAAGGUAAUUCCCGCAUACCGCUCUUUUAUGGGGAGGUUUGGUAAUCAGCUAGAGAGUGGAAGGAGUUCUGGGAAGUACAUAAAGUACACACCAGAGGAUUUAGAGAACUAUUUGUUGGAUUUGUUUGAAGGUACACCAUGUGUUCUGCACCAUCCGAGAAGAAAAAGUACAUAAGAUACAAUUGGCUCUUGUAACAGGUAAGCCACCUGCUUUGUUCAAAAGACUAGUUGGAACGGAAAUCCCCUUCCCUUGUUGUAGUUGAUGAUAUGCUUAUUUAUUCUGCUGGUGUUGAUGUUAUAAACACAGGUUUUUGUGAAAGACAAUUUUCCCCACCCCCUCUUUAUAUACUGUAAUAAUUUUUGUACAUUUUUUUUUUUUUUAAUAGAUUGUAGGUUUUGUAUUGUGUGGAUUUUGAUGGUUCAUGUAUUUUGUUGCCAUGAAUCUCUAUCAGAUUUGGAGUAAUAGUGUGGCCAUCAGCUUCUGUAUGUUACGUAUGCUGCAAAAUUUCUGCAACUGUAUAUUUGUGUCUGUUUUUCCCUUUUUCAUAUUCACAAAA